AUGGAAAAAUAAAAUGAUUAAUAUCAACUUAAGCGCUUCGACCAAAGGGUAUUAGCAGCUGAAAUAAAUGAAAUGAAAUAAACAUUUAAUUAGCAACAAGAAACCUACCAAGAAAAUAUAAAAAUACAUACUGACCGUUUUGAUGAAAGGGAUCUCUCACAAUUCAGAGAAUUUUUAGAGCAAAUUAAAAAAGAAAAUGUUGAAAAAAUAAAAUCAUACUUCGCAAAAAAGAUUGAAUAAAAAGAUGAAGGGUUUAAUUACUAUGAUUAGGAUAAUUAGCAGAUGGUUGAUAUUGCAAUGACUGAUAGAGAGAAUUUGUAAAAGGAUUUAACAGAAGAAUUUGAAGUAUAAAAAGUGAAAGAUGAGCGCAAGCUCAUUCUUAUGAAUGCAGUACUUGAUAAAUUCAAAGAGUAAUAAAAAGUGAAAGUGUUCUUUAGUUUGUGGAAAGACAACCAUCUCAAGAAAAAAGAAAAAAUAAAAUUAGAUAGAUUUUUGGAUUAGAGAUUAGUUGAUAAAGUUAAAACCAAGUGCUUCUUUGCUUGGAGAAACUACUCCUACAAGUCUUCCUACGAACAAAAGAUCAUAAAAAAUUCAGAAAAAGAUGUCAUUGAUUUCCAACAAAGUUAUUUAGAAAUUAUCAACACCCUUAAGAAUGAAAUAUAGAAAACAGAUAAUUUGAUUUCCUAAAAAACUGAAUAAAAAGCCUAAUUAGCAUACUCACUUAGCAAAAAUUUAAUGAAGACAAUUUCAACUUUAUCAAACGAAGUAGUAAAUUUAAAUAAUAUAGCUAAGUAAACUUAAUAGCCUGAUGUAGUAGAAACACAACAAUAUUUAUCUGAUAUGAACCAAUUUAUUAAUAAAAAAUACUAAGAAAUCAAGAAUUUAAAGAAGACAUAUGCAGAAGAAAUAAAUAGCACAUCAGCUAAAACAGAAAAUAAAAAAUUAGGAAGCUUGAUUACAUUCUAAGACCGUGCUCUAGGAGCUUUAAGUCUUGAUAAAUUUGAAUGA